AUGCAGACACUUCCCCCGGAAGCAGACCCCGACCUGUACUGGCAGACCCACAGACCGCCAUACCUCCAGGACACCCCCUGGCACCACAACAACCCCUACCUCGACCUCCCGCGGUCAUACCUCGCGAGGUGGAUAGGAGAAAAGACCGGACACUACGACUUCCACUCGUACCAUGACCGUUUCAACCACCCCCCCGAAGCAUACAAGAACUGCUUCUGCGGAGAACCCCUCGAGAAAGGACACUUCUCACUAUGCCCACUCGUGGCCUACAAGAACCCACUGGCAACAAAAGACACUCCCAGUGCCUUCGGUUCAAACUACGCCACUUACCUAAACAGGAUACACAACCUCAAGGCCGAUGGAUACACCGGCGCCCGCGCUAGGGCGGACGGCAGUAUCUACGGCAUCAGAACGAUCAGGCCGGAGACCCCGGACCCAGACGACGAACCACUACCCUUCGAAAUGCCGGGACACGCACCGGCCGAAUUGGAAGGAAUCAACUACGACGGACGAACGGUAGGAAGGCUGGAGGAGGACACGGAGAUGGAGGAGGAGGAGGGGGAAGGAGGGGAGGAAAAGGCGAAGUCAGACGACUCCCCCUUUAUGUUGAAAGACGGACUACUGACAAAGGAUUACAAGCUGGUAGUCCCAGAAGACGAGAACUUGCGCACCAAGCUCAUCGAGGCGGCACAUUGCCCCGUCACGUCGGCCCACCCUGGUCGGAACAAGACCAAACGAAUAGUUUACAAGCGAUACUGGUGGGCAGGCAUGGCGGAAGACGUGGAUCGUUAUAUCAAUAACUGCUGA